AUGACAGGUCUCAUGGGCGAUAUCCUUGAGUGUGUUGCCAAGGAAUACCGAGAAUGGAGGAACGGUGGUCAACAACCAAAAUGGUUCCCGGCAAAACGCAGCCUGCAGAAGGUGUCGGAAUUGGAGGGAAAUGGGGAUCUUGUGAAAGCCUUCGAGGAGUUUCAAGAUGGCCAGAAGAAAUGGAAGAAUCACCCUUCAGUAAUAGAGGCUUUCGUGAGCGGUCGUGCCACACGUCUGUUCCUCGCAUUGGUGUACUCGAAUACACUGCCUCUGAUCGACCAGUUUUGCACCCAUGGAAUCGGAGACAAACUCUUUGCCAGCCUCAAUCCAAAAUAG